AUGCGACCUUCCCUCCGCCCGACAUGGCCCACAAACUCUUCGCUACUCGCAUGGCUUCCCCGAGCACCUCCGCACCGCGUCCCCCGCCGCAUCGCAACCACUUCAGCCCAUAAUGCAGCGCCGGUUGACCUCCCCAAGAUGGUGCUUUCGCCUGGCUCUCCUCACCAUAACUCACUGCCCACUUUCAUCGACUAUGCAAAGCGCACCAAUCUAGCAUCGGAUAGCACAAUGUUCAUUGGCACACACUACGAGUACACAAGCGCGCUCGCCCUCAUGCGCCUAGGCUUUUCGCUGCUACGCAUAGGGCGCACCUCGGAUGCAGGCAUUGACCUCAUCGGCCACUGGGUCUUGGCCCCAUUGAGGGAGCCGCUGCCAGUCAUCAUCCAGUGCAAAGCGCGCAAGAUUUCGGUAAACCCCAGCCAUAUCCGCGAACUCGAGGGCUCCUUUUGCGGCAUACCGCCUGAUUGGACCAAGAAGGAUGUGCUUGGAUUACUGGUAACGACAAAGAAGGCCACGAGAGGGGUGUUGGAAGCUGUGGGCCACAGCCAUUGGCCCAUGGGCUUCGUCUUGAUCUCUCAGCAAGGUUUAAUACAGCAAUUUGUCUGGAAUCGUGCGGCGUGUGACCGGGGGUUGGAAGGCGUGGGUGUUACAGUGAGGCACACGCCACGGAUUCUAUUGCCCGACGCCGAACACGAGACUGAGCAAGAUGGAUCUGGCACAGCGAAGAAGCGCCCAGCCAAGUUCAAGAAUGCUGGCACGAGGAGGGACAUUCAGUUGACAUGGAUGGGCUCGCCUAUCUUCCCAGAGAGGAAGGAUCUGGAUCAGGAGACGCUUAGCCUCAUGCGACUAAUCCCAGCCAACGACGAAGUCGUCAAAGUUGCCAGAGUUGCUACUCUUGUUGAGGGGGAGAAACGAGGUAGAGGGCGCCCAAAAGGUUCCAAGACAAAAUCACGUGUUGAAGCUACUGAAACAGUUGGACCGAGGCCCAGAGGCCGUCCAAAAGGUUCCAAGAACAAAACAACCCUUCAAGCCGAAAAAGAAGCUACAUACAAACCCAGAGGCCGGCCCAAGGGCACAACAAAGCAUUAUGCGGAAAAGGUGCCAUUUCCACGCGGUGGUUUAGUUCCACGCACUCUUAAGAGCUAUUGCGGCCGACCCAAGGGCUCCAAAACAAAGCGAUGA